AUGAGCAGCGGCGGCAGCUCUCUGCCCUCCCCUUCUGCAGCACCUGCCUGCUCCAGAUCAUGGUCUAUAAGCGAGGAUUCGUUGCGGAGGUACGUGAGCUACGCGAGCGAGAGCUGCAUCCAGGAGCUGCUGGCGGCGUCCGACUCUGGCCGCGGGGGCGCCGACGGUGACGGCGACGGCGACGACGGGUGGAAGGUGCUGGUGUACCACAACGGCGUGGAGAUAUCCAAGCGGCGGACGGGGCCUGCGCACGUCUUCCGGAGCCGCUGGCUGCUGCAGGACGUCUCGCCGGAGCAGUUCAUGGCCGUCGCCAACGCCGUCGACGCCGCCAAGCAGUGGGAGUCGGACCAGCUGGUGGAGUCUUCGUACAUCAGGGAACUCGGCGACGACCUGAGCAUCAUCCACCUCAAGUUCGGCGACGCCUCCUCCUCCACCACCACCAGCCGGCGUCCCGCCAGGCCCGCCCGGCGCCGGGACCUGGUCGUCUACGAGCGGCGCCAGGCCAUGGACGACGGCACGCUGGUGGUCGCGGUGGCCGCGCUGCCCAAGGAGAUCGCCGCGGGCCUGCUGCCGCCGCCCGCGCCCAAGGGCGGCAGCGGCGGAGGCUCCGCCGUCGUCGGCCGCAGCCUGCUGCUGCAGUCCGGCUGGGUCGUCGAGAGGCUCGACGGCGACGCCGGAUCGUGCGUCGUGACGUACGUCGUGCAGCUCGACCCGGCCGCUGGCUGGCUGCCGCGCUGCAUCGUCAGCCGCCUCAACAGCAAGCUCGUCAUGGUCAUCGCCAAGCUCAGGAGGAUCGCGCAGGCCACCGUGCCUGCCGCCGCCGCCGAGGUGUGA